AUGCCUGUGCUAGUUCUCUGGAAGAUUCGACUGCUUGCUUGGAACUAGUGCCAACCGCUGUUUAACCAGCAGAUCGAUGGUGCCAAUCGCCAUCCAGUCGCUCGAACGAGUACAUAAGCUUGAAGAGCAGCAUAGGGAUCGUCUACUGUACAGACGUCUCUCACUUACCGUCCUGGCGUUGCUCCCUGCGGAGCGAGCCAUUCCAAUCCAAGAAAGGCCGCGCCUUGAACUAGUGCUGCGCCUGGACCGGACACCACCAAACACGCCCUACAUUCAGCUUUCAUCUCGCAUACACGCGGCUUUAGCACGCUCCAAAAGACGAGCGAGCUCCGAUGGCGUUCAUGCUCAUGCGGCGGCCGGUCGCAGCCCUUGCGCUCGCCGCCGUGCUGGCUGCGGUGACUAUCGGUCAUGUUGCGGCGGCGCACCGCUCCCUGCUGGACGUCCCGGGCGGCCGGGUGGACUGCGUGACUGAGCUCCCCAACUGCUUGGGCGUCACAUGCGAGCUAAAUUUUGCGUCGCUGACAAAGACCGUCAAGGUCGACUUCUCCCAGUGCAUCACGUCCGCGAUCAACUGGGCCUGCUGCGCCAGCCCCGGCUGUGUCACGUCCGGCUGUGCGCGCUGGCCCCAGACCACCGAUGUGACCAAGAGCACAGCGCAGACGUGCGACAACUUCCGUGCCAUCACCCUGCAAGUGGGACUCACCACCUCCUCCGUCACCCUGCAGGCCCAGGCCGGCUCCAUCAGCGGCGGCUCUAGUCGCCAGUGCGACUCCACCUGCGCCAAGAACAACAAGGGCGCGUGCCCCAAGGGUGGCCAGCAGGUGUGUGACGUUGUUCUCAACCUGGACAAGUACGCUGGCUGCUCUCCUCCUCCGCCGCCCAGCCCCGCACCCCCCAGCCCGGCCCCUCCCAGCCCCGCACCCCCAAGCCCGGCGCCUCCCAGCCCCGCGCCCCCCAGCCCCGCGCCCCCCAGCCCUGAGCCUCCUAGCCCGGCCCCUCCCAGCCCGGCCCCUCCCAGCCCGGCCCCUCCUAGCCCGGCCCCUCCUAGCCCCGAGCCCCCCAGCCCGGCCCCUCCCAGCCCGGCCCCUCCUAGCCCGGCCCCUCCUAGCCCCGAGCCCCCCAGCCCGGCCCCUCCCAGCCCGGCCCCUCCCAGCCCUGAGCCUCCUAGCCCGGCCCCUCCCAGCCCGGCCCCUCCCAGCCCUGAGCCUCCCAGCCCCGAGCCGCCCACCCCGCCUAGCCCGGCCCCUCCAAGCCCCGCCCCGCCGAGCCCUCGCCCGCCUCGCCCCGACUGCAAAGUGACGCUGCAGGAUAACCCUGGCGGUUUCGUCUUCGUGAGCAACCACGACGCGGAAGACCAUUGUGUGAGCGGCAAUGCCUGCGGUGAUUACAUGGCACGUGUGCUGCGGGCCGCUCUCGAGGCUGCCCCCCCGGCGGCUUCUGGCAUCCUGGCAGUGGUGGGAAACACCGCCACUACCGCAAUUAACGGGCUUCAAUACUGGAUCUCUCGGCUGGCGGCGGUCGGAUAUGCGGGCCCCACGCCAAGCGUUACCUACGCCUUCGAUGCGGCUGCAAUCAACGCCCAGACUGCAAUCCUCAACAAAUUCAAGGUGCUGUACAUUGCCAGCGACUUCGCCAACGUUGCCGGCGGCGUGACCAUUGACCAAAACAACGCGCUGACCGCCAAGAAGCUGCUUAUUAAUGACUUCGUCACUCGCAACGGUGGCUCCUUGGUGGCCAACACCCAGGGCGGCUUUGGCAGCGCCGGCUUUGGCUUCUUCCCUCUGAGCCUGACCUACGUCCCGGCGGACACCUCAGGGUUCCAAAACAUCUUCCAAGUCCAGCCCGACGCCACUGACCUGUGGGGCAGCGGCUUCACUGACGCGGCACUGGCAGCAGGCCCCUGGCACGGCUACUGGACGGGCCCCUCUGGCUGGCUGGGCCUGCGCCCGCUGGUCGCCCGCACCGGCUCGUGCCCCGUGCCGCUGCCUACUGGCACGACCGCACAGGACUGCCAGGCGGCAGCGCUGUGGGGCAAGAAGGUCAAGCUAACUGCGGAGAUCUGUAACAACGGCAUUGAUGAUGAUGGCGAUGGUCUGGUUGACGGUGGCGUCAACGGUGACCCCGACUGCUGGCGUUGCGGCAACGGCAUCAUUGACCCUUGUGAGGAUUGCGAUGAUGGAAACAUCACCGGCGGUGACGGCUGCUCCAGCCAGUGCCUGCUGGAGUUCUAAGGAAAAGAUUGCAUAUCUGAUUUGUACAUCGCUGCACGCACCGGCGCCGCACCAAUCUUGAUGUUUCUUUGGACAGUACGCAUGAUGAUCAGCGUGGUUGCACGUACGUGCCGGGCCUCUUCGUCUCCCGCCGCACCUUGACACGUACGCACUAGGACACCUGCAUGUCCCGAUCUAUCAUCACGCCUCACCAAAGCUUUAAUAGCAUGGCCCUGGCUCAGGUUCUUGUUUUCGUGUAUACACACGGGCACGGAAGGUAUGCGUGCGUGUGGCCUGCGGUGGGUCUUGCUUGUUCGCGCGUGUGGAAUGCGCACAUCUACCGGGGUUUCUUGUGUUUACGUCUUUCUUCUUGGCGCUCCCGUGCUGUGUUUAUGCUGCGGUGUUACGAACUGCACGUGCUGCUGCUGAAAAGUGCCAUGCGACCCAUCUGGUUAAGGUGUGUGGAAGAUGACGGUGUGUGAUAUGCAAAGCUCAGAGCAGGCUUUCGUGUAACAGAUAGAUGCC